AUGGGCAAAGUGAAGAAGCAGACCCAGACCAGCAACAAACAUGGCCCUGGACGGCAAGGCCAGAAUGCGAUCAAGCGUCGACAACACAGCCAGGUGCUCCCUCAGAAGCAAUUGCAACAGCGCAAAACUCCGAAAGUGCACCCGGUCCAGGCGAGUCAGCAACCAAAAGUCCCCUUCUCCACACGGGACAACGUGCUUCUCAUCGGAGAGGGAGACUUUUCCUUUGCCCUGUCUUUGAUCAAGAACUACCGCCCCGGGGCUGUAACGGCGACAUGCUACGAUACUGAAGCAGACCUGGUCCAGAAGUAUCCCGGUGUUCACGCGACAAUCUCCAAGCUGGCACCAGAAGGGUUUAAUGGGGAUGCCUCUCAAGCAGUCAACGAGCCAGAGGAUGGAGAAUCUUUCGAGGGCUUCUCGCCACCCUCUUCCCCGAACUCGGGUAGCAGCAAAGCCGCUCCAGCGCCAGCACACUCCAGGGUCCACGUCCUCUACGGCAUCGAUGCCACCGCCCUGAGUACCAUACACCGCAAGACCCUCCGCGCCCUCGGGCCCUUUACCAAGAUUGUCUUCAACUUCCCGCACGUUGGCGGACUUUCCACCGACGUCAAUCGCCAAGUCCGGGCCAACCAGGAGCUCCUCGUCAAGUUCUUCGACGCCGCAAAGCCACAACUCGCCUCCCUCACGACCACCCCCUCCAUCACCUCUCAGCGCCCCCCCACGACCGCCAAAAGCGACCGGUACGACACCGAUGAAUCCGAAGCCUCCGACGACGAAGCCACCGACUCCUCUCCGUCGACUCCAAGCCCUCAAAUCCUCGUAUCGCUCUUCACAUCCCACCCCUACACGCUCUGGAACAUCCGCGACCUAGCGCGCCACUGCGGGCUCCAGGUGCAGGAAUCAUUCCGCUUCCCAUGGGAGGCGUAUCCGGGGUACCAGCACGCGCGCACCGCGGGCGACAUCACGACGGGCAAGGACCGCAGCGAUGAAGGGAAGCGCAGGGGAAAAUGGCGGGGUGAGGAGCGCGAGGCGCGCUGCUAUGUGUUGGAAGUCAAGGGUGAGGAGGCUGGGCGUGGAACGCAGCAAUGGCAACAGCGACGGCAAAAGCAGCAGCAGGGGAAGCAGCAGGCGAAGCGCAAGAGAGGAGAAGAGAGUGGUGAGGAAAGUGAUUGA